GAAACCUGCAAACGUAUGUACAUAAGAGAAUCAGAUUCACUUGUUGAGCCAAUGCCACCACCACCCGUAUUAUCCGAGCUGGCAAGAUCAAGUUUAGUAAAUGAAAGUAGUUCUAGCGUCGACAUACUUCGCGCCGAAGCUGAUCUCCCGAAAACUGAUAUGGAAUACGUUCAACAAUUCAAGGAAGGCGAAGAAAGAAUGGAUUGGAAAAAGUGUUUCGAGGAAGGAAAAGGAGAAGGUUUU